AUGCCGCCCAAGCCACCGCUGACGCCAGACCAGAAGCGAAUAAGGGUCAUGGUCGUCACCUUUCCCGUCCUCGUGGCAAGCAGCGUCGUCCUGGUCAAAAGGCUCUUUCUCGGCGAACAACAGAGGGAGCUCCCGGUGCAUGGAAAGAUUGCGUCCCGUCCCGCGUGA